GCAACAAGCAAAACUGAUUCGACAUUAAGCUUCCACCUCCACAACCAAAGAAGAAGAAGAUGUUCCACAAGAGUACAAUUCUAUUGCUCGUCCUAGGGCUAACUUGUGCCAUUGCCGAGCCACCGCGUUUCCAUCCACGCAACAGCCGUUUCCAGCAGCGACGACCAUUCUUUGCUCGCCAAGAAUCUGCACCAGCGCAGCCCGAGUUCGCUCCCUACCCUUCAGCGGAUGAGUUGAAACCAGAAAACCCUUUCCAAGCUGAGGAGGAAGCGGUAACUGAACCUGAGCUCGUUUAUGGUCCACCUGAUGCAACCUAUGGCCCACCAUUGCCCGUCACGGACCCACUACCAGCCGUCGAAUCACCGCCAGACUUUGCGCCCAACCCAGACGCCGAAGAAUUUGCGCGUCUCACCUUGUCACGUCCUUCCCGUUUGCAACAACGUUUCAAACAUCAAAAAAACUCCCAAUUUCGAGUGGUGCAGCAAUCACAACGUCUCCAACAAAGAAAACCUCAACAGAAAGCUGUUAUUAAGCAGAUCCUGAACACGCCGCAGCAAAGAGCGAAAAUUCAGCAAGUGGUUAGCACCCAGCGUUUGGUAUCGAAGCCGGCGCCCGCAGCUGCAGUGGUUGUGGCAGCACCCGCUGUAGCAGCUACGCCUGCCAUCACGCCCGCAAAGGUGGUGAUCAGCUCCGAGCGGUUAGUUGCCGUGGAACCAGCGCCCUUCUUCAGUGCUUCCAUAGACACACCCAUCGGAGAAUCUUAUGUUGUGGUCAACUCGCCAUUUUCUCUCACCUCUCAAUACCAGUCAUGGUAGGAGCCAAAGACUUUAUUGUUUGCGUAUUUACGUAUUGAGAAUAUUAUAGCAGCGUUUGCA